AUGAAUGUCCAACUUGCCAUGAGCCAGCUUAGAUUGGGCGGAACAAGGAGGAAAAUAAUGGCAGCUUCUGUAAAUCUGCAUUCAUUGAUAAUUCUACCACCACUACCACAAAAUUUCACAACUGAAGUUCCUCUUUCGCAGUCACCACAAAAAAAUACUGCCUCCAUCUUCUUGAUAAUUCUAUUUACAGGCUUAGGCAUUGCUGUCUACAUAUUUUGUUCCCUCGUCAUUCACAAAAACUCAAGAGCUUCUUCACAGCCGGAGCAGCAAGUAGUAGUAGAAAAAGAAGAAGAAGAAUUAAGUGAUAUUCGAACAGUGAGUCUUCAUCCAUCAGUCAUCAGCACCAUCACAAUCCGCAAGUAUAAAAGAGGUGAAGGGCUAAUUGAAGGAACAGAGUGCUCUGUUUGCUUGAGUGAGUUUCGAGAAGAUGAAACUUUUAAGAUUUUGCCCACGUGUAACCAUGCUUUUCACGUACCUUGCAUUGACACUUGGCUCAAAUCACACACCAAUUGUCCUAUGUGCCGUGCCAGCAUUGUCAUCACAAUACCCACUACUACAGCUUUCAGUUGAGUUAAACGAGUGAUCAUCUGAUCUAAAAGUUUAAAUUGUUGAAAACACAGACUUUUAUUUACUUUAUAACUAUAUGACUGUAUUAGAAAGUAUAUACGUAAUUUUAUAUACUUAAUUAUGACAUCAACACACCUCUUAGCUUAUACUUGGACUUAAUUCUUUUCCAUGAGCUAAAUAUUUGGUUGUUGUAUUUAUAAUGGACAACAAUGAGAUUCAAACUCAAGAUUUUUGUCUGCUAUUAGAAUAUACUAGUAAAUGUGACUAUCUUAUCUAAAAAGACGUUAUUAGAAAAAGUACACUUUUAUUUUCUUAGUUAUCUCUACAUUGCAGAAAUUAGCCCCGAGACUUGAAGAGGAAACUCGUUCAGGAAUUUUCAGAAAAUGCCAUGGAAUUAAGGCUUGAUAGUCGAAAUGAAGGUGAGUCAAGGGAUCUAAGUACUUUGAGCAUCAUUGUUAGUUCAAAAAUCAAAGGCAGA